AUGCUCGGAUUCUCCUCGCAACAGCAAGCACAGGCCCGAGAUAAUUUACUAGCUUCUGCGCAGUUGCCAAACGGCAAACUUGGCGGCGCAGCGAAUUGGAGCUUCAAUCUACCCGUCAGCGGAUCAUCGAGCCUUCAGAGCAGUCAACAGCGUACAAUGGGAACCAUGGGGAGUUUCGCACAAAGUCUUGGGGGAUCCCAGUCAGCGGCACCGCUAGAUCUCUCGGAGUUUCCUUCAUUAUCAGGAGCACCACAACAAUCUCAGUCGCAGUCGCAGACCCCUGGUCAGUUGAUGUGGGCUAACGCAAGCCAACGUGCUGCUCAACAAACACCUGUUCAAAGGCAACAGCAUCCUCCGACGUCGCAACCUCCUUCUCGUACCUCUCAAACCCAAGGUCUUCCCACACCUCAACAGCCGCAACAGCCUCACGACGAUAUGUUCCCUUCAGGUUCACAAUUCGCCAAUCGGCUGGAUGACUUCAGAAAUGGUGGCCAGGGCAUCAGUAGCCAAUUAGGCGCUGGAGGCCAGCCUCAGACGGGCAAUAUUGAAGAAUUCCCUCCUUUGGGUCGGAACGCUGCCGCCGAACUUCCUCUCGGCCGAACUGGGUCUUUGAUGCAGGGUGCAGGCUUCGGGAGCUAUGGCGCUGGUCUAGGGGCUUCACGGUCACCUGUCAGCCAAGUACCUAAUGGUAUUCUCGGACAAGAGAAAGAUGACAUGAACAACAAUGUCUUGUCAGGACAGCGAAACUUCAGUGACCCACAAGCAUUACAACAAAGGCCCUCGGAAGAUGCCGAUGGCCAAGAAGUCUCUAACGCACCUCAGAGCACAGAACAGCCGCCACUUUCCCAGAUGAGCGAGUUAGACAGGUUUGGAUUGGCUGGCUUGCUGCGCAUGAUUCACAGCGAGAGUCCGGAUGUUGCAAGUCUCGCCGUUGGCCAAGACCUAAUGACUUUAGGGCUAGAUUUGAACCAGGCUGAACCUUUGCAUACUUCGUUCGCUACCCCAUUCGUAUCAUCGAUGUCAGCAGUUCCUUUGGAACAGGAUUUCUCUUUGCCUGCUUGUUACAAUGUCGCCAAUAUCCAACCGCUUCAGUCUCGCAUCCCUGGCUUCAGUGAUGAGACCCUAUUCUACAUCUUCUAUAGCAUGCCCCGUGAUAUCAUGCAGGAACUGGUAGCCGAGGAACUGAUGGGCCGCAAAUGGCGGUACCACAAGCUCGAACGUUGCUGGCUGACCCGCGACGAAACAUAUCCCGGCCCCGUUGAUGUAGAGCGCGGAGUGAGCGAGCGCGGAGUUUAUCUUCUCUGGGACCCCACAAGCUGGAAAAAGAUCCGACGCGAGUUCAUUCUGCGAUACGAAGACUUGGACAACCGGUUGGACCCCAACCGAGGAGCCACUCGCCCAGUUGGCGCAACACAUCACGCCUCAUGA